AUGAGAAUAAUAAAUAUUUUACAGGACAUUAACUCAGAAUUACAAUCUCUUGUUCCUAUUCCACAGCCAUAUAAACCUACUAAACAUUAUGUACCUGUUUAUAAAAUAGAAGAAAUAAAAAGUAAAUAUAAAGAAACAUUGUAUAACUAUUUAUUAAAUUACAUAGCAGAUAUGAAAAGUAAACAAAUAAAGUACAGUAAAGUAUACCAAGAAGAUUUAUUAAAAAGAAAGGAAUACGUGACUUCUACAUUAAAAGCUAUUAAAAAUAAAUUAGACAGUCCUGAGAUUACAAAUAUUAAGUGUCUAAAAUCUCAAAUUGAUUUUAUCAAAUCACAAGGGCCAUUACAAUUUGAACAAAUAAAAAUCAAUGAGGAAAAUUCACUUAAAAUAUUUAAUUUUCUGCAUAAAAUGCCACUCGAAAAUGAAUAUGAGUGGAUGGAAGAUUUUUUAAAAAGAAAAAUUGUAUUUGAGAUAGUAUCUCCAUCCGAGUUAGAAAUAAUAAAUUUACGGAAAAUGGUAAAUUUAAUACAAAUUAAUGAACAGAGUUCAUCGUUGUAA